UACUUGGGUUAUUGAGCGCAGUUGUCCCGUUAUGGACGACGUAACUCUGAAUCUGCGCGAUCGAGACACCGUUUAGGGAUGAGACGGAGGAGAAAAGAAAACAACUUUCGUCCUGAAGCGUUCAUUAAAUUCAGCUGCGGGGUCUGGAAGCUGAUUUUGACCGAAAUGUGGUGGAUUUUUAUUGUUUGUUUGGCAGGGGUCUUCAUCCCCUCUUGCUCAGGUAUCCAUGUGUUUGUAAAAGAUGAGAAGAGGUAUGCUGUCCCGUUCCAGUCAGUGGUACUACCUUGUCACUACACCACAGUGUCCACCCAAGCCGUUGUGGUGGUGUGGGUGUACAAGUCGUACUGUAGAGACCGCACCAGGGACUCGUUCAGCCUCUCCGACAGCUUGAAUGGAGGCCUGGGUGGUGGCGGGCUGCAGAGAGGGAAUGGAGUUGUCAGUGGAAGCUACGAGAAGGGUACGACAGUGAGCUACCUCGACUGCUCUGACAGCAGCCGGACUGUCCGGACUGUGGCCUCCAUCUCUGGAUCCUCCGUCACGCUGUCGGAGUUCUACAAGAACAGAGACAUCUCCAUCAUCAAUAGUGCCGACCUUCGAAUCGGAGAGAUCCAGUGGGGGGACAGUGGAGUUUAUUUCUGUAAAGUGACUGUAUCUGAUGAUCUGGAAGGACAGAACGAAGCUUCGGUGGAACUGCUGGUUCUCGGUUUCUCAGGCGUGCCUGAAGAUCUGCUGCCUAACUUUGAUUUGAAGAUUAUGCCAGAGUGGGCCUUUGUGGUGGCUGUGGUGCUCAGCAGCGCGUUGUUCCUGCUGCUAGUUGGGAUUUGUUGGUGUCAGUGUUGUCCCCAUUCCUGCUGCUGCUAUGUUAGCUGCUGGUGCUGCCCGGACACAUGCUGCUGCCCCAGACACCUGUAUGAAGCUGGUAAGGGUAUAAAGACGGGCACCUCCACUCCUCAGACGCCAGCCUACCCUCCGUACUUUGUUUCUGGGGUCCCUGCCAUGGUUCCCAUAGCUCCACCAUCUCUGGUAGACAAGGUGUCUUCUCUUCCACCAUCGAAUGGCAGCCUGAUCACAGCAGUAUCUCCAGUUCCCAUGCCUGCUGUAGCGAUUCCCUACCGCGUGCCGACACCCCAGGAUCACAACUCUCUCAGGGUGCUUCAGUAUGUAGAGAAACAGCUGGCUAACUUCAACCCCUCCAGGUCCAUCAGCCAACAGUCCUGUAACCGCUCUGAGGUGAGUUCCCUCCAUGAAGGAGAAAAUGGUUUCCGGCAAACUUACAGGAGCGUCCAGAAGAAAGCUCUGCCUGCCAUCCCAGAUCAAGACUCCCAGCCUCAACCACACGGCCGCCGAGACAGCCGCAGUCCAGAGCCACAGCAGCGCCACAGCAAACCGUCGUCCCCUCAUCGUUAUCGUCACGACCCAGAUUCAGACCCUCACGACUCCCCGGAUGAGCCUCUGCUCCCACGACGCUACAGCGACGACCCUCCUCCUUCCUCCCAUUCAAAUCGAGUCAGUCGAAAUCACCGGCAACAGAGCUCCGGUGAGGAGGACAAGCACAACAGGUGGAACCCUCAUUCAGAGCAUCUGCAGAGAAAGACGUAUCGACCCUCAGGACGAACCGGCUCCCUGGAUGAGCUGGAGGAAUUCGCUGCCACCUACAAGCACAGAGGAGGCAGAGGAGCAGAAAGGAGGGAGGAAGACAGGGUCGACUAUGAGGUGGAGCUUUUGGAGUUCAGUCGAUAUCCUUCCUACCGCAACGGUCCUCCUCAGCAUUAUCACAGCAAUGAAAAUGAGCUGGCGGAGCACCGUGACCAUGAGGAACAUCCCAGAGAGAAGAAAAACAGACACAACAUCAACGUUAGCCCUCUGGCCUCUCCUCAAAGGAGAGCGGGCACCGUUCCACCUCCUCCCACAGUGGGUCCACCAUCAAGCUUUUCCCGAGAGAAGGAUUAUGAUCCCAAGUUUCUGGACAACCUGCUGGACCGGAGGGCUAAGUUACGCGGAGUUGGCCAGGUGAACAACGGGGCGUGUGCAGAGGAGGAGUCAGAUACACCCUCCAAAGGCAGCUCAAAAAAGAGCAGCAGGGAGUCUAGUCAGCACUGCAGCCGCUCACCUAGUACCAGGGCUGACGCAGACUCUCUGUAUCUGGAGUCAGGAAGAACCAGAGCUGACAGCAGGCUCUCCCCACGACCUUCCCCGGCAGACGCUCGCUCCUCGCCGUCGCCUCAUUCCCUGCAUGAUCGCAGAGAGGAGCCCAGAGACAAGUCUCGCAAAGUGGUCAGGUUCAGAAGAUACCAGAAUGAAAACUAGAACACUCUCCUCAGUCGGGAUUCGCUCAUCGUCUGAUCAGAGAGAGCGGCGCUGAGACACGCUGCAGCCACUCCACAGUUGGAGGAGAACAUUUAAACCGGCUGGAUUUCACACUUCUGCCUGACCAUGACGUCGGGGCUUUCUGACUGUGACAUCACUGGGCGGUGAAGUCAUGCAUCUCUGCUGAAUGUGAACAGUACGUAAGACCCGGACCGUGCCGCUCAGCAGGACGCCGUUUGACUGCGCUUCGUCCCAUCAGACAAACUCUGGAUUAGCUUCCAGCACAACGAGAGGAUUCUUUUCUGUGUGAUGAGAUCUGUGACAUAAAAAGCUCUGGAGAUGGUAACUGAUGACAUCAUCGGUAUGAAGAAACUUGCUGUAUCUGCAGCAGAAAACAACAAACACACUCAUUCAUCAGCAUUCAGCUAAUAAAGCUGCAUAAAGCAACAAACAUCAAGAUAAUGAAGCAUUUUAUUAAUAAUCACUGACAUUAACAAUGCUGUUUACAGUUAAAGUUCUUUUUUCUUUACAUUUUGCUUCGAGAGUUAGAAUUUGUUCUAUUUAAUAGUUUUAAAUAAAAGAUUUGUAGGAUUUAUUUGCUUACGUAUGUUUUUUUUUUUUCGUACGUCCCCUCUAGUUCCUCCAUCUGGUUAAAAUUGUCCCUUUUAGGCCUUUUUAUUAUCUUCCACUUGGGUUUUUGUACAAAAACCCAAAAGAGUAAUCCAGAGGUGAAUAUCUUGUACAGUGAGUUAUUUUAUUCCCCCUGAUUUCACACAAAUUUUACUUUGUGUCAAACUGUUUUAUCUUAAGAAGUUUUCAUGGAUUCUGCAGAAGGAACAGAAACAAAUUGUGUCUUUGAGACAAAAUCAGCUGGAAGCACAAACAUUCAGGAUAGAUUCGCACAUUUCCAGGUGGAAUGACUGAACUGGUACUUCUUCAUAGAAUGAAACUGAGAAUAAAACCACACAGUCAUGGUAAAGUUGUGCAAAUGUUCUUAUUGGGAAUUAUUUCUUGUGAAUAUGAUUUAUAAAUCAUUAUCAACAGUUGCAGCUUAACAAAACACCUGGAGAUAACUUUUUGAUUUGGUUCUUUGCCUUGCAGCCAGGCUACUGAACACAAAAACACAGUUUAAAUUCAUUCAUGUUUGAGUCAUUUACCAGUUUUGAGUAGCUAAAGAAGCAGAAACCUAAGAACGGGUGUGAGUGGAGAAAGCUGUCAAUAUUCUAAAAAACUCUUUCAUAAAGUCUGGAUAGUUUUGGGUCAUGGCUGACUUAAGAUGAAGGUUUGGCUGCAUUCUUCUGUCUUCUGUGCCCGGUUGGUCCAGCUGAGGGUCAGAGAAGCUGGUGUCCAUCAUUCAGCUGUCGCACGCACGCACACACACACACAUACAGAGAGAGAGAGAGAGUUAAAUUACUAAUAUUCAUGUUUUUGGUCUGUUCAGAUCAGCUGGAGUGAACACGCACACACACACACACACACACACACACACACACAUGCACAUGAACAUGCAUGCUCCACAGAAAGAUGAGAUUUCUACCCAGAACUUUAACAGAAGUUUACACGUUUAAAAUAAACAACCCACAGCUGGAGAUGUAAUAAAUUAUGUGUUGUUAGGAGUUUUCAGGUGAGAGUGGGAGCAGUUUGUUUUGUAAAAAAAAAAAAAAAAGUAUAAUAAAAUGUAAAUUGGGCUGAAAAAAGGUCAAACAUGCUGUUCCUAUGGAACACAUUUUAUAUUUUAGGGUGUUUUGGAAAUGUAUUGAAUGGAAAUGGAAUGAUUACUUAAAUGUUGUAGCUCAUUUAGUAAAGAUGUAAAAGUAUCAUUUAGUGGUAUUUUCGUCUUGGUGUAAGUCAGAUGAUGCUAAACCUGUCAGUGUUCAACAAGAUCUGGUUUUAAACCCAACUUUAACAUGUACACUCAGUUUUGUGUGUGUGUGUGUGUGUGUGUGUGUGUGUGUGUGUGUGUGUGUGUGUGUGUGUGUGUGUGUGUGUGUGUGUGUGUGUGUGUGAGUGAAUAUAAUUUCUAAAAAUAUUGGUAAUAUUGUGUUUUAAGGCACUUAACUAUCAUAUUGGAUUAUGUGCCUGAUUGGAUUAGAAUAAUCCAGCAUGUAUUUAUCAGUUAUUGCUCAGUUCACAUUUAAUAAACACACAAACACACACUAACCAGUCUGCUGGUUUCUGUACGCUGUUCCUGCCAUCCUAAUGAACAGACUCAUCUUCACAUAACAGUAUGAAGCUAACAUCAUUGUUUGGUUUUCUUCACUGGGAUUUUUCUGUUUGGUACUGACUUUGUAUGCGUGUGUGUGUCCGUGGAUGUGUGUGUCCGAGCGAGAGAUGACUCCUUACUUUUCUGAACAGAAGCCAGUGUGUGAUGGAGUGUGACUCACAUUAUUUGUUCUUUGUUGUCAUCACAGUCUCUGUUUUGACUCCACAGCUGUGUCUAAACUCAUCCUGCCCUGAGUUUACUUUCAUUUUUCAAGAUGUUGUUUUACGUAUUUGAAACAUGACAAAUAUUAAACUCUGUUUUUACAACUCUGAGAAAAUAAAGAAGAAUAUAAACAA